AUGGCAUCGAAACCUCGCGAUGCCUCCACCGUCACCCCCGGGGAUGUCGACGCCAACGACCGGCCGGUCAAGGAGAAGCGCCGCGUGAGCACCAGUGGCAAAGACAAGUCUGAGCGCCGCGACCGUGAUCGGGACCGGGACCGGGACCGUGAACGAGAUCGCGAACACCGCAACAGUAUGCCUUCGCCGUCGGCGUUGUCGUCGCUGCUGUCCCACCGCUCGUCACACCACAAAUCGUCUUCGGGCUCGGCACCCCGAUCGUCAAAGACCCGCACCAGCGAGAGCGACCUUGUCUAUCCCUCGUCGUCUUCCUUGUCUCGCGGCCAACGACGCAAGCCGACCGACGGCGAAACCACCGGCAGCAGCAGCAAGCCUCACCGGUCAUCGUCUGCGAACCACAAAAUGAGCAGCGGCAGCCGGCGGCGGACCAAGGACAAGGACGGCAGCUCGUCUGAGCGGCGUGAAAAGAGGUCGUCUGCCAUGACGGGAGGCGGAACGUCGUCAUCUCUCCCCGAUGUCGACGAGCACACCAAGCCCCGCUCUGCCUCCCUCUCGAUCUCCUCCUCCACCGGCGACCUCGUUCCAGAGAUGAGCCGCAGCCGCGAGCGGCUGCCAUACCCGUCUGUCAACAAAGCUUUUAGCCGUGAGUCGGUAAUCAGCCGUGAAGAUCUAUCGGCCCCGUCACGGGCAUCGGCCGGGUCUGUGAAACAUCGCACAGGCGACCCCUUGACGCCUGAUGCGACCGAUCUCAGUGCCGGCGCCGCUGGCAUGCAGCGCUCAAAAUCGUCCAGUGCAAACGACUCUCGACCGGGCUCACGUGCUACUAGAAAAGACAAGUCGUCAGCGGCCUACAGCUCGGUGCCGUCGUCACGCAAGAACAGUCACACCCGUGCCAGCAGCCGUCACCAUGACCGGCCACCCAGCCCACCUGACACUAAUCUAUCUAGCACAAAGAAAGCACACGAAAAGGGCAGCAGCGAAGACAAGGACGACGAUACCAAAGACAAGGCGAAGGACGCAAAGGACUCUGACUACGAAGAUGAUGACAAGAGUGAGUUGGAUCCCGGACUGGGCUCAAACACGCACAAGAGUCAGACGAGCAGAGUGCGGAUUAGGAAGAGCCGCACACCCUCCACACUUGGUGGCAGUGUUACGACGGCGCACGACCUAUCCAAGUCGGCUCCCUCCGACAACUCCAUGGUCUCCAGCCAAGCCACAUAUACGGUAGGCGCGCGUGAAAGGAUCUCGCAGGCUACAGCAUCAAAACCGGACGCGAGACGUCGGUCGCCGGCCGAGGCCAGCGAUGCCGACUUCUCGCCGGAAUCUGCUCAGGAAUCUUCAUCCCCCAAGACGCCGAACCCAGAAGCGUCUCCCAAAUUCUUCGCUUCUGGUGCCGACUGGAAGCAGCCUCCACCACCGCCACACCCACACCCUCAUCUCCAAUCCCCCCCACAGCGCUUCCCAAGUGGCACAGCAGCGGCUGCUGCUGCCGCCGUUGCUGCCGACCGUCUGUACACCCCAUCACCUGCCCCAGGGAGUCCUCGCAGUUCGGAGCUGUCCGCUACGGAGAGUCCAGAGGACGAUGGCACCUCGGCGUCCGUGGCUUCCGCCGUGCCUCCUGCUCCACCGCCACCGCCGCCUCUCACGAUCGUCGAGGUUCCUCGCAUUGACUAUCUCAUGCAGAAUGGCGGUCUGCCAAAUCCUAUCCCCAAGAAUUUCUUAGCCGUCCUACCCCGGCAGAACUUUGCGCGUCCUAUGAACCCUCCGCUGCAGGGUGCUGAGACCUUGUUCCAGCCAUUCUUCAACCUCCUCAACCAGUACAACAGUGUGCUUUCAGGCCACGGAUCGGUUGCCGUUGCUACUGGACACCGCACAGUCGCCCGCCGUCUCCUGGACCGCCUUGAGAAUGUCUUCUCCCGGGAGCUCCCUGCAGAAGGAUGCUCUUGCGUGGUCUGUGAAUCUAGCGGCGAUGUACACCGCGGCCUUGGCUGGGGCGAGGUGCUUGAGCGAGUGAGCGGCCGUGUUGACUUGCCGACGUGGCCUCCGGUCAACAUUUCCGAGCUGGAGAAACGCCUGGACGCUGCCGCAGUCGCUGCCGCGGCUGUUGGUGUCGGCGCUGGCGCGGCAGCGGGCCUUCCUGUGCGGCCUUCCUCGCCUGUCAAGAUCGAUCCUGAUAUCGCUGAAGAAUUUCGCGAGCAUUACCUUCGGCAGAACAAGAAGGUCCGUGCCAGCGUGGAUCGCUGGAUGCGCGACUGUGCUUCGGCGCCCGCGUCGGCUCCACAGGAGAUCGACGAUGAGACGCUGGCUUUUGCGAUUCUGACCAAUCUCGGCCAAGACGAGCGUCCGCUGUUUAACGCACUGCUCUCUGGCUCACGUGAUCUGGUGCCGACCGUGCGGGCGCCGACGCCGAUGCGGAAGCCACGACAGAACUUUAUCAUCAAGACCGGCCUUGCCAUCCAGCGGCUGUACCGAUUGGGCACAGCGCCUCGCGACGCCGAGACGACGCUGUACCUCGUCAAGAAUCCCAGUGUGCACGACCUGCUGCAUACGAUUGCGGACAUCCACCCGUCCGAGUGGGAAAUUCUCAUUUCGGGCCGCUUUGACGGCUUUUUGUGGUCGGGCGCCGACACCAACGACGACGACGUGGCCACGCCAAUUGCCGGCGAGCCGUCGGGCUUCUUCCCAGCCACAUCCAUUCCAUCUGCGUCGCGUGGCCCGACGCCGGCCAUGGGACUGCGAGGUCCAACGCCCAUGUCCCGGGGCCCGACGCCAGCCAGCGGCUUCGGCGGCCUGGCGAGCAACCCUGUGUCACGCAAUGCGACGCCGGCUUCGUUCAUCAGCAACUUCUCCAACGCAUUGUCGUCGGCGUCGACGAACGCGACGCGCCAGGCCGUGUCGACGGACGAGGAAGCGGAAGUCGCCGCCCUUGCCGAGAUUGAGCGUGAGAUUUACUUGGGCAUGGAGGCGCUCGAGGACGCCUUUGAGGUGCUGCACCGGCGUGCCGAGAUGGUGCGCACCGGUCUUCGGCAGCGCAGCGCCGGUCUGUCCAUGCGACUGCAGCAGCGGCGGGUCGGCGGGCUGGGUGGGGCCGCCGCGCAAAUCGAUGUCCUGCCGCAGUCGGGGGGUGGCGGACCGUCGGGCAACGACUUUGAGCGGCCUGCCUGGUCCGUACCGGGGACGCCCGCGCCUGGCGGUGGCAUGCAUGUGCCCGUCCAUCCGCACGAAUUUUCCAUGGACCCGUACGACCCGGGCGCCGCCAGCGAGGCCGACUGGGACGCAGGCGACGACUUCUUUGAGCUCAAGCCCGAAGACUCUGCCAGUAACAUUAGCAGCUCGCAGCACCGGCGGCCGAAGCGACGAAGCGAGCGCCGGACGCCCGCUCCGAUCGAAGAAGAGGAUGAGUGA